GUCUGUGUGUCAUGCCAACUCAGUGCUUGAACGAUUUUCAUCUUGACAAGAUUAAUUAACACUGAUUUCUAGCGGUUUAUUUGAUGAAAUAUGGAUGUUCCAUCGGAAUUCAGAAAUCCUGGUAAAAGGAGGCCAAAGAAAGGAGGUUCUAAACCUCAGCUUUAUGAAGACACAAGUAUGCAGCCCCCUCCACCUCAACACUAUGGAGCCCAUCAGGGGCAAGGAAUAGAUAUGGAAGGAUAUGAUCCGUCUGGUUAUGGUGGACCUCCAGGAAUGAGUCAGAUACCAGGAGCCCAGUACCUCAAUGAUCCCAUGGCUAAUAUGGCCAUGCAGUAUGGGCAAUCCCUAGCAGGCCAAGGCACAGAAUUUGUACAUAAAAAUAUAGAAAAAUAUGUUUCAACAUCCAGAAUGAAGUAUUAUUUUGCAGUAGAUACAACAUAUGUAAUGAAGAAAUUGGGAUUGUUAUGUUUUCCUUUUACCCAAACUGACUGGUCAAUAAAAUUCAACCAAGACCAACCAGUGGCACCUAGAGAUGAUUGUAAUGCACCUGAUUUGUAUAUACCAUCCAUGGCAUUUGUCACAUACAUCCUUGUUGCUGGACUAGUAUUGGGAACACAUAACAAGUUCACUCCUGAGCAGCUGGGAAUUCAGACAAGUUCUGCUUUAGUGUGGCUUAUCUUGGAACUUUCUGUGUUAAACAUGAGCCUUUACAUUAUGAACCUAAAAACAGAUCUCAAGUAUCUUGAUAUUGUAGCUUAUUGUGGAUACAAAUUUGUAGGAAUGAUACUCUGCCUACUAGCAGGAAUGCUUUUCCAGUCUACAGGGUACUAUGUCACCUUACUUUGGUUCAGUAUAACUAUAGCUUUCUUCUUGGUUCAGACACUGCGAGUAAAAAUAUUGCCGCACUCGGAAGACAGCAACUACUCAAGAGGAAGUAAGCGGAGCCUUUACCUGAUCCUUUCUAUAUCCUUGCUUCAGCCUGUCAUGAUGUGGUGGUUAACGGGCUAUAUCAUGUUCGCUAAAUGAAACCAUCUUCAUCAUAUUUGGACACUCAUUUUGUCAAAGAUAUUGUCACUUUUUGGAUCAACCAAGAUCCCUGAUAAAAGGGAGACGUCAGAGUUGCACAUGUUGCUCUGAAAAAUCCAUUUUUGGGACAGGUUUGAAGCCAUCUGUUCGGUGGCAAUUGUGAAUAUGUUGAUGAAUGUAUUUCAGACUAUGGACUAUUUAUGAGCUAAUUUUAUGUAUUUUUAUUUGUGCCAAAGUUGUACAAGUCUGUAUGAGCUAAGAAUAAAUGUAUGAAUGCA